GUCGAGUGCCAAAAGUGUAAGCAACGCGAACAGACCUAAUGAUGGCGUCUCCUCGACCCAAGUCACCUCGAACCCCUGUUUCCACGAAGAAAGAGGACAAGGAAGAAAGCUUUUGGGAUAAAAUCGGAACUCUCGGACGGAAGAAACGUAUCAAGGAAGUGAAAGAUGUUCAGGACGAAGGAAAAUACGCAAUUGAUUCACCUGGAUAUGCCGCUAAUCCUGACAUGCCACCGGAGGAGUACGCUCUUGACGAGAACGAAGAACGUUCCAUGAUAGAGCCGAAAUCUUUAGAAGAUUCUAAGCUACGAGAAUUGAUAUUCGUCGUGAUCGAAUGGAUCAAUGACGAAUUAGCUGAUCAGCGCAUUAUUGUGAAAGAUAUCGUAGAGGAUCUUUACGAUGGGCAAGUGCUACAAAAACUUUUAGAAAAACUAACUGGGGAGAAAUUGGAUGUACCCGAAGUAACUCAAUCUGAGGAAGGACAGAAGCAAAAACUUGCUGUCGUUUUGUCCGCUGCUAAUCGUGUCCUGGGUCGAUAUCCACCUUGCAAAUGGAGCGUUGAAUCUGUACAUUCGAAAAAUAUUGUUGCGAUUUUGCAUCUGCUGGUUGGUCUAGCACGACUCUUUCGUGCUCCCGUUAGAUUGCCAGAAAGAGUUGCCGUUCAAGUAGUUGUAGUACGUAAAAAGGACGGUCAGUUGAUACAUAGAACAGUGAGAGAGGAACUAACGACAACGUACGACGAUUUGGGUAUGCGUUGCGAGCGUGAUGCAUUCGAUACUCUUUUCGAUCACGCACCCGACAAAUUGGCCGUUGUAAAAAAAUCACUGGUAACAUUUGUUAACAAGCAUUUAAGCAAAGUACAUUUGGAACUAACUGAUUUGGAUACUCAAUUCCACGAUGGUGUUUUCUUAAUUCUGCUGCUCGGUCUCUUGGAGGGUUUCUUUGUUCCAUUAGGCAGCUUUCAUUUGACACCAAGAACCAUUGAUCAAAAAGUUCAUAACGUUUCAUUUGCAUUUGAUAUUAUGCGAGAUAUUGGGCUACCAAAACCAAAAGCUCGCCCCGAAGAUAUCGUAAAUCUGGAUCUGAAAUCUACGCUUCGCGUGUUAUAUAAUCUCUUUACGAAAUAUAAGGGGAUGAAUUAAUCAAAUUGAUGUAUUCAAUCGAUUAGCUUUAUGCGCAAAUGUUGUAUUACUAAAGUUGAUAGUCUAAUUAUUCUAACGAUCGCGAAGGGAUUCUUGUUAAACUGCCAUUGAAGAGCCAUUUAUAAAAAUAAAUUUAAUGUUUGAUCUGAGUUUUUCAGCUGUACUUUUCACAUUUUAUUAAGUGUUUUAGUUUUAGGUUUUUUUUUCUUUUAAACUAAUACAAGUAGUCGAUCUGACAAAUGAAAAUGUAGAAAGAGACGUAGAAAUGUAUAGCUAAAACAGAAGAUUUUACGCAUAUAUGCGCGCGCGCGCAAUAAACUGUAUAACGUGCCCUUUUACAUUCGUAUAAAGUUAAUAUAUU